GGGGGCGCGUGCGUCGGGUCAGAGGUGACGGCGGGGGCUGGUGGUGGCCGCCCCGCCCCGGGCCCGGCUCCACCUGCCCGUCACCGGGACCGGGACCCCGCGGCGGCGGCGGCGGCGGCAGCCACAGCCACAGCCACCCGCCAUCGCCAUCCGGAGGGAGAUCAUGACCACCCAGAGGAUUUUUAGAAUAUGUUUGCUGUUCUGCUUUCUGGCCACAUUCCUCAUCUCUGCCCUAGCUGAGGAACACGUAGGAGAGAGUCAACAUGCAAAUAUUCGCCUUGAUAAGAACUUGGUACAAGAUAAAGACCACAUCAUGGAACAUUUGGAAGGGGUUAUUGAGAAACCAGAAUCUGAGAUGUCUCCACAAGAGUUACAGCUUCAUUACUUCAAAAUGCACGAUUAUGAUGGCAAUAAUUUGUUAGAUGGGCUAGAGCUUGCUACUGCUAUAUCACAUGUCCACAAAGAGGAAGGUGGUGAGCAUACCCAGGCAAUGAAAGAAGAAGAGCUGAUUAGUCUAAUAGACGAUGUAUUAAGAGAUGAUGAUAAGAACAAUGAUGGAUACAUUGACUAUGCAGAAUUUGCAAAAUCACUGGAAUAAGGUUUUGCAGGGGGCUUGUUUCUCCUUCUAACUGCGUGGAAAUGUGAACCAGUAUAAUGUGAUUCAUUACUGUCUCGUAUCAACCUCUGUGCUGUGAGAAGGAGAGGUGUAUCAGUUCCAGCUGAAGUUAUUUGAAAGUUGUAUGUGUUAAGAAACUGGCUAACUCAGAGAGAGCCGUGUUUGACUAAAUGUAGCUACACAUUUGAAUCUUGAAACAUGGAAGUGUCAGCAGUACUCAUAUAGAGUGCAGCUGGCAAACUCUUAAGUAGCUGUGUAUGAAUACUAAAUAGAUCAUAUACAAUCUAAUUUCCGUUUCUCUGUCAUUGGGUUAAAUAGUACCUGUUUGCUUACAUUUUCUAUUUAAACUUUAAAAAUACCUAGAAAGCAAGAAAAUAUUACUGCAUGUAGUUGUAUUUCAAGGAUAAAUGUCCUUACCUUCCCACUAAUUUCAAAGGAAAAUUGCAUAAAAGUACAGGUGCUUGAAAGAGCAAUUGUAGAGGAGAAGCAUUUGAAUGUGGUUUCUGUUUGAGGUCCACAUGAUACCAUAUGGACUUUAACACAGUCUUUGAAGAAAUUGAGUGUUUUUAAAUAUAUGUACUUCCUACCAUACCCUUACAUUUUACGUAUAAAUAUAUAUAUACACACACAUGUUUUUCAAUUUCUUCUUGUCCUUCACAGAUUUAAUUUUUAUGUCUUAAUUUACUGAUUUUUUUUUCUCUACCUUCCAUGGUGUUUUCUUAAGAAAAUCAAAGUAUUUUUAUUACAUUUAUACAUUGUAUUAAUGCUGUAUAGCAUUUACCAGAGUAGCUUCUGCUAUCUCGUUUUGAAGGUCAUGUUAACAGUAAACCAGUUAAUAUUAAAGCUUGUGUUCAAUUUGGUUUUUACAGUAUUACCCGGCAAGUUAUGCUGCCUUGUUAAGGUUUAAGUUAAUAUUCCUCGACACUUAAAUUACGGUGUUACUUUCAGGAGGUAUUUCAUAGCUAAUUUUCAAGAUACUUGAGCGUCUGCAAAUUAACAUGGUUCUAAGAAUGUUUUCACUGCCUUGACUUACUUAAUACUUGGUAAGUCAAGCAGUUUAAGGAUAUUAGAGAAGUGAUGUAUUGCUGUGUUAUUGAUGUUUGGUGACUCUAAAACAUAACUGAAAUCUUAAAUUGCUUUCAAUCGUUACCCAUUAAUAGAGAAUCUAAAUGUUAGCAUAUUUCUGUAAAAUGUAUAAAGAGCUAUUUUCUGUACAAAAUUAUUCUUAUAUAAGAGAAACACAUUUGUAAAAGAAAUUAUUUCCUCUGUUUAAAUUUUGUGCAGCAAAUCCCAAGUGUCAGACAUUUUUUUGUACGAAAUAUUUAUUUUGAUACCUUUGUGGCCAGGGUUGUACUGAUUGUACAAGCGUUAAAAGUAAGUUGGGGUUCGUGUACUCUGGAGCUAGACAGGCAGGGCUGAAGUCCUAGUGAGAAAUGUACCUAACUUUCUGAUGUAUUUUUAGGCCUGUCUCUGUUACUAGCAGUUGUCUUAAAAGAAAGUUCUUUCAGUGAAAGCAUUUUUUAAGUAUCUUUUUGAGGGUAAUUAAUCUGGAGUGAAUGUUGAAUCAGAAGAAAGUAUAGAAAAAGCUUGCAGGGAGGAGAGGAGAGGUUAAGCUCCUCAGCUUUGCGCACUUUAAGCAGGUUGCCUGUAGACCUGCCAACUCUUACAGGCUUAUUGCAUAAGCUGAGUUUUGGAUUUAUUUGGGAUGAAAGAGCAAGACCAAGGGAACUGACUUCUAUGUACUUCUCAAGAAGAAAUCAUGGUUUUCUUAUCAAGCAUAGUCUGUAAACUUAGUCCAGCAAUCACCUGUGAGGCACAUUUAUAUGCGUAUGCUGUAUUUAUAUACAUGUUUGUUAACUGCACCUUAGAAGCUUUAUAUCAGAAAUAAUUAUGAUAAAUGCAGGUACUGUGGACAUUGUUUACCGACUAUUUUAAACUUGUUUUUAACAGUUCAGAAGUAUACAUAAACAGAAAAUUAUUUACCAAAAACUGCAAACAAAAUUGGCGCCUUUGAUUUCAUGAUACUUGAAGAAUGAUCAAAACAAAAUUCUGCUUUCCUAGAAAGAACAGUUCAAGAAAUGCUACCCAAGCUGAAGCCUGCAUCAUUACAUCUUUACUCAGCCUCCUAAAAUGAAUACACAUACUUAAUAAAGUGCUCUUAAAGAUAAA